GGUCAACCCACGUCCACGUGGGUGGAGAGUCCGGUAAUGUCCGGUGUCCGGUAAUCCUAUAUUAUUUAUCUAUGGCGAGAGUAUCAUUUUAUUUGGUAUCAUAAUAGUCAUAGUGUAGUAUAGUAAUAAUUAAUUUUUAACCGAUUUAAUUUUUUGGGUGUAAAACUAUUAUUGGAAUACAUAAAAUCAAGUGUAACCAAAUGGAAGUCAAACAAGAAGUUAGCGAGGAAACUUGUAAAAUAGAAAUAGAGUAUAAUGACUUGGAUGAUGCUCUUUUGGAUGGCAUUAAAUAUGUAGUUAAGGAGGAAUGCAACUGGCAAAGUACACAUGACACAGACCAUUAUUUAGACUUAAAGGAAUGUCCAAAAGAUACUGAAAUAAAACAACAUAGAAGUAAAUUUAAACCAUUUGAAGAAAAUCAAGCAAACGGUUAUCUCCAAGAGGAACAUAAAAUGGAAAUUAUGGAAACACUAAUUGAACAUUCAUCUGACAAAGGAAAUUAUACAAGUCAACAGAAUGAAGGAAAAACAAAUCAAAAUAUGAAAGGUCUUACUGGACAAAGACCUCACAAGUGUGAAAUUUGUUUUAAGCAAUAUAGGAGAGCAGGUCAUUUGAAAGAACAUUUGAAAGUACACAAUGGAGAAAAAUCUUACAAGUGUGAAAUUUGUUUUAAGCAAUUUGGUCAAGCAGGUGGUUUGAAACAACAUUUGAGAGUGCACACUGGGGAAAAACCUUACAAGUGUGAGAUUUGUUUUAAGCGAUUUAGUCAGUCAAGUGAUUUGAAAAGACAUUUGAGAGUGCACACUGGGGAAAAACCUUACAGGUGUGAGAUUUGUUUUAAGCGAUUUAGUAAAUCGUGUCAUUUAAAAAGACAUUUGGGAGUGCACACUGGUGAACAAACUACUGGAGAAAAAUCUUACAAGUGUGAGAUUUGUUUUAAGCGAUUUAGUCAAGCAUGUCAUUUGAAACAACAUUUGAGAGUGCACACUGGGGAAAAACCUUACAAGUGUGAGAUUUGCUUUAAGCAAUUUAGCCAAGCAAGUAAUUUGAAGGCACAUUUGAGAGUCCAUACUGGAGAAUCAUCUGCUGGAGAAAAAUCUUACAAGUGUGAGAUUUGUUAUAAGCAAUAUACCCAAGCAAGUAAUUUGAAAAUUCAUUUAAGAGUGCACACUGAAGGAAAUCCGUACCAGUGUCAGAUUUGUUUUUUGCAAUGUAGUAAAGCAAGUCAUUUGAAAUUACAUUUGAGAGUGCACACUGGAGAAAAACCUUACAAGUGUGAGAUUUGUUUUAAGCAAUAUAGUAGAGCAAGUUAUUUCAAAACACAUUUGAGAGUCCAUACUGGAGAAAAAUCUACUGGAGAAAAAUCUUGCAAGUGUGAGAUUUGUUUUAAACAAUUUGGAACAAUAGGAAAUUUGAAAAUACAUUUGAGAGUACACACUGGAGAAAAGCCUUACAAGUGUGAAAUUUGUUUUAAGCAAUUUAGUCAAAAAACUAUUUUGAAAAGACAUUUGAGAGUGCACACUGGAGAAAAACCUUACAAGUGUGAAAUUUGUUUAAAGUCAUUUACUCAUGCAAACAGCUUAAAAGAACACUUAAGCAUGCACACUGGAGAAAAACCUAAGUGUGAAAUUUGUUUUAAGGAAUUUUCUCGUAAUUUUACUUUGAAAAAGCAUUUGAAAGUACACACAUGAAAUAAUAUUGUAAGCCUGAAGUUUGUUGAAGAGGUUCAGUGGCGUAUCGAUUUAUCAGCGGGUUCUGGUUCCAUUUGGGAUGCGGGCCCACCCGCCCAAUUAAAACACAUAUUGUAUAUCAAAAGUUUUUAAUAAACAUGAAAUAUAAAUCGUCAUAUAUUGUGUCAUAUAUUUAUAAAAACUCAAGCUAAUUUUAAACAGAAAAUUAAUAUUAAUCCUAUCGUUUUUCAUACUGACACGACGGAUCACUUUACUCCAGCAGUUUUUAUAAAUAAUCAAACUAAAAAAUUUUCUACAUCUAAAUCUCCAGUCAUCAUUAAGGGGCUAUCCUAGUGUAAAAGUACGAAAUUAAUGUACUCUUUUUGGGAAUUUCUAAAAUAAAAAGUACUGUACUAAUUAUUUUGAAAAUAUUCAUGAGCAUUUAUUAUAAAAAGAAGUACAUUUAAAACAAUUUUCAUAAGAAAAUAUUGAAAAUUAAACGAUUUAUGCGCCAUCUACUAACACAGUGAAAAUGAAAACAUGGCUCCACUGCUGCAGUGAUUGGGACUAAUAGACAUCCUGAAACAUAAAAUUUCAAAGUGAUUAUUGAAAUAUAUCGUUUUUCAUACUGACACGACGGAUCACUUUACUCCAGCA